AUGGAUAAACUACCUCCAGGUACUCAAUUAACCGUAGGCCAACAUGAAAUCACCAUCAAUGCCUACCUCUCCGAAGGAGGAUUUGCCCACAUUUAUUCCGUCACCAUCAAUUCCCCCGAUUCCCCCAUUGCUUGCUUAAAACGAGUCAUCGUCCCCGAUAAACAAGGAUUAGAUCAAUUACGUAAAGAAGUCGAUGUAAUGAAGAAACUCAAACAUGCCCGAAGUAUCGUUAAGUACUACGACUCCCAUGCCCAACGUUUGGACUCCGGCUCCUACCAAGUGUUGGUACUAAUGGAAUUAUGUCCCAAUAAAUCCCUCCUAGACUUCAUGAACCUUCGUAUCAAGACAAAACUAUCGGAACUGGAGAUUUUAAAGAUCCUUUUGGAUAUCUCCGUGGGGGUGUUUGAGAUGCACCGGUUAAAGAUGAUCCACAGAGACAUUAAAAUUGAAAAUGUGUUGAUUGAUGAACACCAUAACUUCAAAUUAUGUGAUUUUGGGUCCACCAGUGGACCUAUGGCUCCGCCUAAGUCUCAUCAGGAGUUCCAGGCUUUAAGCCAUGAUAUUAUGUAUCAAACCACUCCACAAUAUCGAUCUCCAGAGAUGAUUGAUCUUUAUAGAGGGUUCCCUAUUGAUGAAAAACUGGAUAUUUGGGCUUUAGGUUGCUUUCUUUAUAAGUUAUGUUACUACACUACUCCGUUUGAGGCUAAUGGGGAUAUAGCUAUCUUACAUGCUAGCUUUCUGUUCCCUCCUCAUCCUCAAUACUCCCCCGAUUUGAACAAUUUGAUCAUUAUUCUCCUUCAAGAGACCCCUAUCUUAAGACCUAACAUCGUUCAAGUGAUUAAGCUUGUUUGUAAGAUGAUGAAGGUUGAUUUCAGUACCAUGGAAGUGGAAGAUAUCUAUAAAUUGGGUUCUUAUAACUUUCAAGCGUUACAUGAAUACCAACAACAAAGGCAGAAUGAUAUUAUGAGACAACGAGCUCAUUAUCAAGGGCAUUAUGAGGAUGGGAAAGAUGGGAAAGAAUUGGUUCCACAGGAAUUGGUACAAAAAGAGUUGUCACAAAAAGAGUUGUCACAAAAAGAGUUGCCACAAAAAGGGUUGCCACAAACCCAAUUACCACAAACCCAAUUACCACAAACCCAAUUACCACAAACUCAUUUGUCACAAAAAGAAUUGGUACAGAAAGAAUUGGGACAGGAUUCACCAACUCAAGAUGAUUCAGCUGACGAUACCUUCGGUGAAAUUGAGGAUCUUGAUGAUGUCGAAGAAAGAUAUCCUUCCCUCGAAAACAUAGUAGUUGAAGCAGACACUCCUACCACCGUUAUCCCUACUGGAACAUCAGAAAAGAAACAACCACCACAAAUACCUCUUCAAUAUCCUGUUCAACCACCAGUUCUUCCACCUCAAGAGUUACAAAAAUUAUCUCCUGAACAACUUCAACAAUAUAAUUAUCAACAUCAAGCUUAUCAUUAUCAAAUGAAUCAAUGGAUUUAUUACCAACAACAUCAGUACCAAAGUAACCCUGUCGAACGUUCCAGCUCCUUCAGGGAUAACCAAAUGGAACGUACGACCUCAAAUAACUUACAACAAAAGGAAGCUUGGGAAUAUAGUUCAAAGAAAGUUGAUAAUGAUGCAGGUAAGUUGGCUGACGAUAUCUUUGCAUCCAAAUCAAGAUCUCCUAGUGAAGUACAGAAACAAAAAACCGCUCAAAGUAUCAAAUCUGAACCAGCUUAUGAAGAUUUGGAAGUGAGAGAAGAGAUUAGAUUAACUAAGAGUAACAAUGUUUCUGAAAUUCAAGUUUCUAAACCAAAGGAAGAUAGAGAUGGUUUACCAUCAUCUGAAUUAGAAUUGAAUCAAGUUGGGGAAGUUGAACAGAAUCAACAGACACAAAAGGAAUUGACACAAAAGGAAUUGCCACAAACCCAAAAUCCACAAAAAGACUUACCACAAAACCAAAAAUCACAAAAUCAAGAACCACAAAAGGAAUUUCCACAAACUCAAAAACCACAAAAGGAAUUGUCACAAACUCAAAAACCACAAAUACAACAAUUACCCCAAAUACAACAAUUACAGAUGCAACAUUCACAAAGUCAUUUACCACAAAGUCAAUUACCACAAACUCAUUUACCUCAAAGUAAUUCCCAAAAUCAUUUACCACAAAUACAACAAUCACAAAAACAAACUCAAUUUCCACAAAGUAAUUCCCAAAAUCAUUUACCUAAAAUUCAAGCUCCUCAAUCACAGAAACCCCUUGAUAUACCCACCUACAAAUACAAUCCGUUCCCUCGCGACGAACCUCGUGAACCAGAAUCUCGUGGUGAACCCCGGGAACCUAGGGCUCAAGAAAUUAAAAAAUCAAGCACUAAUCCUUGGGGUGAAUACCGUAGUUCUUCAGUUAGUUUGAGUGCCAAUACCACCGCCGGUAGAGCCAGCGAUUCACAUCAUCAGAAAUCAUCUUCGGUGUCAGGAAUCAUGCCUGAAGCUUUACACAAAAAGAUGAACUCCUUAACUAUUGAUGAUUUCAAACUUGAAUCCCCUUCAGCUUCUCGUAAAACUUCCUACGAAGAACCUAACCUAAUAGAUCUCGAAGUUGGUCUUGAUUCAUCUUCAAGUACUCCAGUAUUAGCCACCAUGAGUUCAGAUUCAUUGAUUGAUAUUGAUGAAUCACUGGAUAGGAAAGAUAAACCCCAUUUCAAGAAGAAAGUCUCAGCUAUUCCGAAUCCUGCUGAGUUCAAAGUUCAAGAAGAGGUGGUGGAUUGGGAAUCUGACGAUGAGAAUUCUAACUCCAUGAAUAGAUUAUCCAUCAGAAACUCUUUAAAGAGUAGGAAAUCAUCCGAACCAAAAGGAUCUGAAACCACAUCCAGUGAAAAGAAACGAUUAUCUCGGUUGAUUUCUAGUUAA